AUGCCAGCCUCGAUCGCGGAGGCAGACAGGCGGCACAGAGCCUCAGCAGCAUUUUCCCUGAGCUUCCUCUCUUUAGUCUUCUCCAUCACAGCCUUCAGCAGCAGCUACUGGUGCGAGGGGACGAGGAAAGUCGCCAAACCUUUCUGCAAAGGAGACAGCAAGGGGGAUCUCUGCAUCCGCUUCAACAGCCCCGACGGCAACGGCAGCCAGGCUGUGCAGUACAUCUGGGAGACAGGGGAUGACAAGUUUGUGGAGAAAAAGUUCCACGCUGGCAUCUGGUACUCCUGCGAAGAAAUGAUAAACGAAGAAGGUGAGAAAUGUAGAAGCUUUAUCAGUCUAACUCCAGCUUCUGAUCGAGGGGUUUUGUGGCUGUCCAUUGUAGCAGAGCUCCUCUACGUCGUUUUGCUGCUGACUGGGAACAUUCUCAUGUCAGUAGAAAUCUGCUACUACAGCUCUGUCAUCGACGGGCUGAAGAUCAACGCCUUCUCCGCAGUGGUCACCGUGUUAGCAGGUCUUCUGGGCAUGGUUGCUCACAUGAUGUACACAACUGUGUUUCAGAUGACUGUAAAUCUUGGCCCUGAAGACUGGAGACCUCACACGUGGGAUUAUGGCUGGUCCUACGGCGUCGCAUGGACUUCCUUUGCCUGCUGUAUGGCUGCAGCUGUCACCACCAUCAACAAAUACACAAAAACGAUCCUGGAAUUCAAGCACAAAAGGAAAAAGCUGGAAAGGAGCUUUAGGAUUCAAUACAAGUUUCCUGACCACACAGCUCCAGAGAAAGUCUGCAACGUGUAUGUGAACUCCUUCCAAAACACCACGGACGACCCCACGCACGCGCUGAGGAGUUUGCGUCACCUGGCCACUAUUUCAGUCCUGUGA